GAUCUAAAACAGAGCCGGUGGUUUCUUCUUCAUUCAGAAAUCCCCAAAAUUCGACUAAAAACUACAACCCUAACCCUAAUUCAUCCUGAUUUUGAUCGCCGUGUAAGUAUAAUCGACUCUCAUUUCUGGGCAUAAGAUGGUGGUUCCGGUACUGGGUGGGUUUCCGAUCUUCAUGGUAGUGAGAGUUUUGGGUUUCAUCAUCGCGGCUUUGGUUUUGACAUGGACUGUUCAUUACAGAGGAGGCUUAGCUCUUUCUUCUGAUAACAAAGAUCACAUCUUUAAUGUUCAUCCAGUGAUGAUGGUGAUUGGACUCAUUCUCUUCAAUGGAGAAGCAAUGUUAGCAUAUAAGUCAGUUCAAGGUACAAAGAACUUGAAGAAAUUGGUUCAUCUUACGCUUCAACUCACAGCAUUUAUUCUAAGCUUGAUCGGAGUAUGGGCGGCUCUCAAGUUCCACAUUGACAAAGGGAUCGAAAAUUUCUACAGUCUCCAUUCGUGGCUCGGCCUUGCUUGCCUCUUUCUCUUUGCAUUCCAGUGGGCUGCAGGGUUUGUGACUUAUUGGUACCCGGGCGGUUCAAGAAACAGCCGAGCUAGUUUGAUGCCAUGGCAUGUAUUCUUAGGGAUUUACAUAUAUGCAUUGGCGUUAGUGACUGCAACCACAGGGAUACUUGAGAAGGUGACGUUCCUGCAAGUGAAUCAGGUGAUAACUCGGUAUUCCACAGAGGCAAUGUUAGUCAACACAAUGGGCGUUCUAAUUCUUAUUCUUGGCGGUUUUGUGAUACUCGGUGUGGUUACUCCGGUCAAUGGCAAGGAUCAUGUUCUCACACAAUAGAGUAAAACCUCGAAAAGAUCUCUUUUAACAUUUCGACCUAUGGAAACAUUGUUUAUUUAAAAGACCAUUUGUGAUGUAAUUGAGUUUUGUUGAAGUGAUUUUUCGAGCAGUGCAUACUCUAUUGUAUUACAAAUAACGCAUGAGAACACAU